AAUAUGUUUGGUAGUCAAUUGACGUUACAUGUCAUUCCCGACUACAAUGCGUUGAAUUUACAACGAGAAGUUGAUAGUGAAGAUGUACCUGUUCCACAUUUCGGCGUUGUGCUUCCUGAUAAAGAAACAUUUGAUCAAAUCGCUAAAAAAUUGAAAGACGCUAGGGUAAAUUUUGUUCGUGAACCAGGUUUACGAUUUCUCGGUAAACAACACGAACAACAUGUUCUAUUCGUUUUGGAUCCAUCCGGUAAUGGAAUUGAAAUCAAAUCGUUUAUUCACGCUAAACCUUAUCAAUGGUUAUAA